UGGUAAUGGAUUACGAAAGUGAUUGUAAUAUUUUAUAAAAAUAUAACUUUAACUUAUUGAAUUAAAUACAUUGAACGUGAUGAUGUGCAAACUAAAACACGACUUGGACUUUACUGUGCCGUAACAUUUAUCCAGGCAAAGUUAUACGAUGUAUUUUAAACCGCUCUUUAUCGUGAUAGUGUCGCUUGCACCUUUCUUAUUUAGUUUAGAGGGUGAUUUUGUUUUUGAUGAUUCAGAAGCUAUUGUAAAGAACAAGGAUGUUACCUCCGGGUCUUGGUUGGACAGUUUUGGAAACGACUUCUGGGGUACAAGCAUAACGAGCAACCACAGUCACAAGUCUUACCGGCCUUUGACAAUACUUACUUUUAGGCUAAACUAUGUUUUCAAUAACCAAGAACUAUCAGCAACUCAAUUUAAAGUUACAAACUUAAUUUGUCAUACAGUAUGUUGUAUAUUGGUAUGGAAAUCUUAUAAUUGUAUAUGGGCAAAAGUAAAAAGGAAGAAUGAAGAAAAUAAUACAGUGGAUGUGCCUUUUUUAGCAUCUCUGCUGUUCUCAGUACACCCUGUACAUGUAGAGGCUGCAUCUGGUAUAGUGGGAAGAGCAGACCUGCUAGCAGCUAUAACAUUCCUUUUAUCAUUCCUUAUUUAUGAUAUAUCAAUGAAGAAUAAGAAUGUAUUUAAUAUUUAUUUACUUAUGGCUGUAAUAUUAGCGGGAUUAUCAAUGCUGUUCAAAGAAAAUGGUGUGACCAUUAUGGGAGUAUGUUGUGUAUAUGAUGCAAUCCUCCACUUUAGAAUAAGAAAACUUGAAAGACUGAAGAACAAAACAGAUAUACUAAAAAUUAUACAUGUGGAUGUAAAAUGCAUUUUUAGAAUAACUAUAAUGACUUUAUCUGCAAUAUUUUUUCUGUAUGCAAGAUGGGCAGUUAUGGCAGGGACUAAACCAGAAUUUAAACCUACUGAUAACCCUGCAGCAUUUAGUGAUAAUCUCUUUAGUAAGAUUGCAACCUACAAUUAUAUUUAUUUUUUAAAUAUUUUGCUGCUGAUAUGGCCACAGUGGCUGUGUUACGACUGGUCAAUGGGAUGUAUACCUCUCAUAAACAAUGUACUAGACUUUAGGAUAUUGUUUAUAUUGGUCAUGUACCUGUACAUAUUCUUAUUUAUAAAAGCAGUGAGUAGUCGAAAAUAUGAACAAUCAAGAAAAGGAAUAUUACUGGCUUCAAUGCUUAUGUUAAUACCCUUUUUGCCAGCGACAAAUAUUAUUUAUCCAGUGGGAUUUGUGAUUGCUGAAAGAAUUUUAUACAUUCCAUCUAUAGGAUAUUGCUUACUCACUGUUAUUGGAUUAGAAAAAAUAUUACAACAUAAAAGACAAUUCCAAAAGAUAGUUAUUGCUGUAUUCUUCUGCAUAAUAUUAAUCUACGCAAUUAAAAGCUGGCGAAGAGCUUACGACUGGCAGAGCGAAUACAACCUCUUUACAAGUGCUCUUUCUGUUUGUCCGCUGAAUGCAAAAGUACACUACAACGUGGCAAAAGUUGCUGACGCUAAACAAAAUUCGAGUUGGGCUAUAGAUGAAUAUAAAGAGGCGCUUAGACUGUAUCCAGAAUACUAUCAAGCGAUGAACAAUUUGGCAAAUUUAUUGAAAAAUAAGAAACAUUACUCCGAAGCGGAAUCAUAUUUAAGGAAGGCCAUUUAUUACAAAAAAGACUUUCCAGCGGCGUGGAUGAAUCUUGGAAUAGUUUUAGCGAACACUGGACGCUAUGACGAAUCGCAGGGCGCUUACAAAACGGCACUACGCUAUAGGAAAAACUAUGCAGAUUGUUUUUACAAUUUAGGCAAUUUGUAUUUGGAAAUGAACAGGACCGAUAAGGCAGUGGAGAACUGGUAUCAAGCAAUAAAUUCAAACCCAAAACAUGUUUCCGCUUGGACCAACUUACUAGCACUAUUGGACAACACAGGUCAAAUUGAGAAAGCUCUUCAAAUAAUACCGAAAGCUCUCACAGAAUUGCCAGACAGUCCAUCCAUCUACUUCGCGAUUGCUAAUAUUUAUGGCAAACGCGAGCAAUACACGACAGCAGAGAAGUAUUUUCUUCAGGCGAUCAGUUUAUUCAAAGAACGUGUACAAGCUAUCCAUUAUGCUAAUCUCGGAGUAUUAUACCACCGCUGGAAAAAAAUUAAUUUAGCAAAGCAAAUGUAUAAAAGGGCUCUUGAAAUAGACCCAAAAUUUCCAAGUGCUAUUAAAAAUCUUCAAAACUUGGAAAAACUGAAAAUAAAAAUAUAAAACAUU